AUGCAAUCGUCCAGUACUCCGAACAACAGCGAAGAAUACAGCUGCGUUGCGUGCGACAGGCCAGAUUCAGCUGAUAAUUUUGUGGCUUGUGAUCAAUGUAACCAAUGGUGGCACUACACCUGCGCCGGGGUUACCGAUUCUAUCAAAGAGCGGCCAUGGACUUGUCCAAGGUGCCUGCCAACUCCAGCAGCUUCUGUAACGACAACAUCAAGCCGUCGAACAAGAUUAGAACUCAGCUUAAGACACCUUGAACAUCAACGAGAAAUCGCAGAAAGAAGAUUGGAUCUAGAAAAUCAAUUUAUGCAGGAACGGUUCCGGCUCAUGGUAGAGUCCCUUAGCGAUGAAGAAAAUCGUAGUGUAAGAAGUCGUGUAGACGCAAUUGAAACUCGAGAACGCAAUUCACAAAUCUCACAAUGGAUUCGUAACCAAGAUGUUGGAAUAAGAGACCCGCAGGGGCCGAAGGAAAAUGAUAUCUUACCAGUUGCAGGGAACCCCCCUGAGAUAGAAGGGGCUAUCGGAGGACAGCUUCCGCCCAGUGAACCCAUUACUAACCAACAAUCGAGUAGAAGUAAUCAAAUAAUUAAAGCGUUAGAACAACAAUUGCAGAAAUGUCAGAUGAGACCUCAGGCUGACGUAGAUGAUAUAAGAGAGCUUGAAGCUAAAUUAAUCGAACUGAAAAACCAAAUCAGAGGGCACCACAACUCAUUGCCCAACACAAUGUCCGCGGUAGAUCCGCCCACACAGCCAGAUGUUUCUAAAGGUGCUAUCCGUAAGAAACCGACUCGACGACUUCCGAAUUACCAAUCAGGUUACCAGAAGUUACCCCCACCAACCACACAACCCAUAACCAUAGCUCAGCAUAGAGUAGAUAACAAUCCACAGCCAACCAAUGAUGUGUUGGCCUCGUGGAAUCCAUCAGCUGACCCAGCUGCCAAAAACAUACAUUCAGUGUCAAACAAACCAGACGAAGAUUACCAACUACGCUCCACUCAUCCCGUCCCAAUCUGUGGAGGACUUGAUCCAAUUCCUCACAUGGGAGCUGGAACUGGACAGCGACAGUACAUAACUGAGAGAAACUACACACCAAGAUUUAAUUUAAACGCUGGUCAACCAGCUCCCCCGGAACCUUCAAAUAGUGGCCCUCAAGCAACAAGUCGCGUACUGUUCGGAUCAGAGGUAGCGCCAUUGCGUAUAUGCCGGCCGAACACAGAACAACUGGCAGCGAGACAAAUUACACGGGAACUCCCUGAGUUUUCCGGCAAUCCUGAAGACUGGCCGCUCUUCAUUAAUUCUUAUACGAACACAACAUCGAUGUGCGGAUACAACAAUGCCGAAAAUUUAGUCCGCUUACAGCGCUCGUUAAAAGGAAAUGCGCUCAAUAGUGUGCGCUCCUACUUGUUCUCUCCGGACUCCGUUCCAGAAGUGAUUGAAACUCUUCAAAUACUCUAUGGACGCCCAGAAUUGAUCAUCAAUAGAUUGAUCAAAAAUGUUAGAGCUGUUCCGACACCGAAAGCAGAACGACUUGAAACUUUAAUGGACUUCGGUAUCACCGUUCGCAAUCUGAUUCAGCAUUUAAUCGCUUCUGGACAUCGAACACAUCUCUCCAAUCCAUCCCUCCUACAAGAACUGGUAGAGAAGCUCCCAGCAAAUUUCCAAUACGAGUGGUCCCAACAACUUUUGAUAACUCCUGAUGCAGAUCUUUCCAUCUUCAGUGGCUUCAUGGCACACGUUGUCCAGUCUGUUAGUAAAGUAGUUACCUACACCGGAAGCCAAGGACACCGCGCCGAAAGAAAUAGGACCCGUGAAAACCAUUUCGUUCACACCCACAUCGAGGCUGAAGCGAGUCGAAAUGAAAAUCGAGGAAUUACCUGUUUCUGCUGCCAAGAAAGCGGACACCGUGUGAAAGACUGUAGGACAUUCAAGAAUGAUACAGUUGAGGAUCGCUGGAGAUGCGUCAAUGAAACUAAUUUAUGUCGAACCUGCCUAGGGAUGCACGGCAGACGACCUUGCCGACUUACUAAUCGUUGUGGUGUUGAUGGUUGCAACCGUAGGCACCAUCCUCUCCUACACUCUCCCUCGCAAAACCCCGAAAAUACGAACAGACAAAUGAACACUGAGAACCUUUCCCAUCAUCAUUGCGGCCAAUCAGUUUUAUACCGCAUCAUGCCGAUCACCGUUCAUGGAAGUGCAAGAUCCCUCACAGUGUGUGCCUUUUUCGAUGAGGGAUCCUCUGCGACGCUUCUAGAAAAGCAACUGGCACAAGAGCUCGGGAUAGAAGGACCGACGGUACCUCUGUGUCUCAAAUGGACGGCUGACGUCACUAGAUCCGAGGAAGACUCACAAUUAGUAUCGUUGCACGUGUCCGAAGUUGGAAAAGAUACUCGCUUCCAUAUAGAAAACGUUCGAACGGUGAAAUGCCUUAAUCUACCAUCCCAGACGCUGCGGUUCACAGACCUGGAGGAUUCGUACGAUCACCUAAGAGGUUUGCCUGUGAUCAGUUACGAAAACGAGACACCGAAGAUUUUAAUAGGCCUACGACACCUGAAACUAGCUAUACCCCGGAAACUUAAGGAAGGUACGACGGGACCAACAGCGUGUAAAACACAACUUGGAUGGUGCGUGUACGGAGAUGUUGGCCGAUCACGUGACCCUGAAUAUUUGAACUACAAUCUGUGUGAAUGUUCAAAACUAGAUGGACUGGAUACCUUAGUAAGGGAAUACUUCAACAGAGAAGAUUGUGGUGUGAAUCUUAACGCAAUGCUGGAAUCAGCCGAAGACAGCAGAGCUAGACAAAUCCUAGAAAAUUCCACUCAAUGGAACAACGGCAGAUAUCAAACAGAACUUCUGUGGCGCUACGAUAAAUUUCAACUACCCGAUAGCUAUGCUAUGGCCAAAUCCAGACUUAUGUGCCUCGAACGACGAAUGCAACGUGAUCAACAAUUAAAAGAAAAUAUACACGAUCAAAUACACAAUUAUCAGAUUAAGGGAUACGCACAUCGUGCCACUCAGGACGAACUCGAUGCAGCAGACCCGAAUCGAGUGUGGUACCUCCCGCUCGGAGCCGUGGUGAACCCAAAGAAAAAAGGAAAGGUCAGACUCAUCUGGGACGCUGCUGCGAGCGUCAAUGGCGUAUCACUGAAUUCCUUCCUCCUUGCUGGCCCAGACCUACUAACGCCGCUCGCUUCGGUACUCUUUCGUUUCCGACAAUUUCCGGUGGCCAUAAGCGGAGAUUUGCGGGAAAUGUUUCAUCAGAUUGAAGUGGCAGAAAAGGAUCGACAUUCCCAACGUUUCCUUUGGCGGGAAAAUCCGAACCAAGAACCCGAAAUCUUCCUGAUGGAUGUGGCAACGUUCGGAGCCAAAAGUUCCCCAAGUACCGCCCAGUACGUCAAAAACCGAAACGCAAUGCAGUUUGAGAGUCAAUAUCCGAGGGCCGUCGAAGGCAUCUGUCGAAGCACGUAUGUAGAUGACUACCUUGAUAGUUUCGAGACCUGCGAGGAGGGAAAAAAGGUAGCAAAGGAGGUAAAAAGAAUACAUAGCCAUGGAGGUUUCGAGAUUCGAAACUGGGCAUCGAACGUGAAGGAGAUUCUCGAACAUCUGGGAGAGGAGACAAACAACAUGGUGAAAGAUUUGGCUACUACGAACGACAAUAUUGAGCGAGUACUUGGACUUUUGUGGGAACCGCAAGGGGAUAAUCUGAGCUUUUCCACCACCUUUCGAAAGGACAUAGCUGCUCUGGUUGCUUUGAACUCCAAACCAACCAAGAGACAAGUCUUGAAAUGUCUUAUGAGUCUUUUUGACCCUCUCGGCCUUCUUGCAUCCUAUUUGAUACAUGGGAAAGUCUUAAUGCAAGAUAUCUGGAGAACGGGAAUCAAAUGGGAUGAACCUAUAAACGACGACAUAUUUCGACGUUGGAAAGUGUGGAUAGAGUCGUUAGAUCGUCUUGGCACAAUAAAAAUUCCUCGAUGUUAUUUCCCAGAUGCGACCAAAAGCCUCUACGACUCGUUACAAGCGCAUGUUUUCGUGGAUGCGAGUGAGGUGGCCUACUCUGCUGUGCUAUACUUCCGGGUCAGAAACCCUGAUGGAACUUUCCAAUGCACUCUGGUCGCUGCUAAAACAAAAGUAACACCUCUAAAGUAUGUCUCGAUCCCGCGCUCCGAACUAAAUGCUGCUGUACUUGGAACAAGGCUCAUGACAUUUGUUACUGAGGGACAUUCGAUUCCAAUACACGAUCGCUUCUACUGGACCGACUCUAAUACAGUGUUAUCAUGGAUCUCAUCCGACCAUAGGAGGUAUCGAUCGUAUGUGGCUUGCCGGGUGGGAGAAAUUCUAAGAGUUAGCACGGAAAAGGAGUGGAACUGGGUACCUAGUAAAUUCAACGUCGCCGAUAUAGCCACGAAGUGGGGCAAUGGUCCAAAUUUUGACACCGACAGCAGCUGGUUCCGAGGCCCUUCAUUCCUCUACACUGACGAGGAACCAUGGGUCAAACCUGACCUGUCCGCCACGACCGAAGAAGAGUUAAAACCAGUCCACAUACAUCAAGAAAUUAUUCAUCCUACCUUAAUAAAUUUCGACAACUUUUCCAAGUGGAACGUAUUGCUUCGUUCAACAGCACUCGUCUUUAGAUUUGCUGCACUAGCUAAACGAAAAACCGUCCCCGAGGAGAUCAUAAGCCAAGAACAUCUCAAACAGGCUCAAAACCUCCUGUGGAAACUGGCUCAAGGAGAUUCAUAUCAGAAAGAGAUCACGCAGCUGAAGAACGCCAAACAUAAUGCCGUUUCUGGAGAGAGUAAGAAAUUCCUGCAAAUAGAAAAACACAGUCCUUUAUACAAACUCACGCCGCUGCUAGAUGAGUUUGGAGUGUUGCGAGUCGACGGACGAAUUGGUGUUUCAGACGCAGUUUCCAACGACGUUAAAUUUCCGGUAAUCCUUCCUAGGAAUCACAGAGUGACAUUCCUCAUAAUCGACCAUUAUCAUCAGAAGUUUUUACACGGCAAUACGGAGACCGUGGUAAACGAGUUACGGCAGAAAUUUGAGAUUCCACGACUGCGAGUAGAGGUACGUAAAGUAGCAAACAACUGUCAAUGGUGCAAAAUUUAUAAAUCGAAACCCGAAAUCCCGCGGAUGGCUCCAUUACCGCGAGCUCGAUUGGCUGCCGGAGUAAGACCGUUCACAUUCGUAGGCGUUGAUUACUUUGGCCCGAUCCCGGUAAAGCGAGGUCGGGCGAAUGUGAAAAGGUGGAUUUGUUUAUUCACAUGUCUAACCGUGAGAGCAGUUCACGUAGAAGUUGCAUACGACUUGACGACCCAAUCGUGUAUAUCUUGCUUCAGACGCUUUAUCGGACGUCGGGGGCCUCCGCUGGAAAUUUAUUCCGACAAUGGACGCAAUUUUUACGGAGCCUCGCGUAUCCUGCAAGACCAAAUGGAGAACAUUAACAAGAAGAUAUCCGCCGCUUUCACGGACGCGGAAACAAAAUGGAUUUUUAUCCCGCCAUCCGCACCACAUAUGGGAGGAGCGUGGGAGCGGUUAGUACGUUCUAUAAAACAAGCGAUGCUUAACCUUCCCCUGGACAGUACACUCGACGACGAAGGGCUACACACGCUAUCGGUUGAAGCGGAAUCUAUGGUAAAUUCUCGCCCAUUAACUUACCUGCCCCUUUAUUCUGAGGAAUCAGAAGCCAUUACUCCUAACCACUUCCUUCUUCGAAACUCGAAUGGGAAAAAGAUAGCUUCAGAAAAUCAUAAUGACAACCCGUUGGUACUUCGCGACGCCUGGGAUUCGGAUCAAGGUCAUCUGAAAAUGCUCUGGAAAAGAUGGGUGCGUGAAUACAUGCCGACACUAACAAAGCGUACCAAGUGGUUUGGAGACACGAAGCCCGUAGAGACAAAUGACAUAGUAAUAGUGAUAGAUGAAAGUCGCAGGAAUGGUUGGAUUCGGGGGAAGGUUCUCGACGUGGCCCAUGGAAAAGACGGCAGAGUCCGGGAAGCCAUGGUUCAAACUUCUGGCGGUAUUCUGAGACGACCCGUAGCGAAGAUUGCAGUUCUGGAUGUGGACGUUUCUGGUAAGGUUCCUUACGGGGAGGGGAAUGUUGACGCAACUGGCAUCCCGGACGAUGAGAAGAAAGAGGAGAAACAAAACGUCAGAAUAGCGAGCAAUUAA